AUGUCUCAGAUUGACAGCUCAGUCUGGAUCCAACCACAUAUCGGCCCGCGUCUUCGGCCGUGCGUCCGAUAUGUCUACAACCACUGGAGCGGCAUUCCAGACAAAGAUCUCCCCUCCCAUUUACACGACAUCCGCAACAAAGCCUGGCCUUUAGGUAAAUACCCCUGCAUUGGCCUCUGGAUCUUUCUCCUCCCUGGUUUGGCCGCCUUCCCGCAAUAUCCCGUGAUCCUGGCUCGAGCCCGGCAGCCCCAGGCUGGGAUACUGGAUUUGGGAUGUGGUCUGGGACAGGAGCUGCGCUUAUUGGCUGCCCACGGCGUUUCCACGGAUCUGAUGUGGGCGGUGGAUAUCGAGCCUGGUCUAUGGCAGUUGGGAUAUGAAUUAUUCCGUGAUAAGGGCCGGAUGAAGGCGAGGUUCAUCCAGGGAGAUUUUCUGAGCAUGGCGGACGAAAGCCUCCGCGAGCUUCAAGGCAACGUGGAUGUGGUGAUAGCGUCGCAGUUUCUUCAUCUGUUUAGCUGGGAAGGCCAAAUCAUCGCAACGAAGCGGAUCGUCGCAUUGUCUAAACCGGGGACGAUGCUAGUGGGAUAUCAACAAGGCAGGAAGACAGCUCGGGAGUAUAUGCGGCCCUGGGGUAUGAUGUUCUACCAUAAUCUCAAAUCAUUCGUCAAACUGUGGGAUGUGGUGCAACAGGAGACAAACACACAGUGGAGGCUAGAAGUGACCGAAGUAGAUCUCAAGGAAUGGGGUAUGGAAGAUGAGGACGUGCAAUGGAUGCCGGCAGAUCGCCAAGGGAUCAACUUUGUUAUUACUCGCAUCUCAUGA